AUGUCUUGGCAAGCUUACGUCGAUAGCAAUCUCUGUGGCACUGGUCAGGUCUCCCAAGCCGCCAUCUACGGUACCAAUGGUGCUCAAUGGGCUGCUUCCCCUGGUUUCCAGCUUAGCGCUCCUGAAGUCCAAGAAAUCAUCAGCGGCUACGCAAACCCUGCUGACCUUCCUGCAAAGGGUAUCCACAUCAACGGCGUCAAGUACUUUGUCAUUAAAUCCGAUGACCGUUCUAUCUAUGGCAAGAAGAAUGCCGAUGGUGUUUGUAUCGUCAAGACGACUCAGGCUAUCCUCGUUGGUCUCUACAAAGAAGGUAUCCAGCCUGGCAACUGUACCAAGGUCGUUGAAGGUUUAGCGGAUUACUUGAUCUCCGUCGGCUACGUAAGUUGA